AUGUCCUGGCAAGCCUACGUUGACUCGAGCCUCGUCGGCUCCGGCCACAUCGACAAGGCCUGCAUCGUCAGUGCCGCUGGCGACAGCACCUGGGCUGCGUCCGCUGGCUUCUCGGUCGGCGCCGAUGAGCUGAAGAAGGUAGCCGCCAUUCUCACUGAGGCCGAGAAGAGCUCUGGCCCCAAGCCGACGACCGAGGACGCUCAGGCCAACGGUUUUUACAUUGCUGGCGAGCGCUACAUCAUCACCCGUAUUGAUGGGCGCACCAUCUACGGUCGUUUGGGCAAGACUGGCGUCUGCAUCGCCAAGACAAAGCAAGCCAUCCUGAUCGGCCACCAUGGCGAAAACACCAUUGCCGGCAAUGCUUCACAGACUGUUGAGGCCCUGGCUGACUAUCUUAUCAAGGCAGGUUACUGA